AUGCCCCCAUUUCUUGCUGAAUUCACCGAAAACGUUUUUCGACGCUUUCUACGGCACGAAACAGACGAAAAGUCGUCGAUUGCUAGUGAGAAGAUGUCGUCUUACGGCGCAAUUGGAGUAGAUGAUAAUGACACAGACCCUCUUCUUGAUGAUGAACCGCCACGUCGUCUUCCACCAGCUGGAGGCGUUCCGAUUGGUCGUCGUCGUGCAAUUUCUGCUUCACAAAUCGGCUCAGUUCCCAAUCAAUCAGUCUCUCGUCAACCGUAUCUAUUCACUGGAGGUCUUGGAUUAAGAGACGAAAGCUUGCUUUCUUUACAUUCCGAAGAUGAUUUGCAUCGAGAACAUAACAAUGCUCUCCGUUAUCGUCUUUACAAUAGACUGGAUCCCGGAGGAGAACAUUUGACUAUGCCAGACCAUGUGCUCCCUCCGAACCUAUUUUCCAUACUGCCCUUUGAAGAGCUCAAAGAUGUCUCUGGAAAGCAGGGUAGUAUAGUAACAAUUUUUUCGAUUUGGAACACGAUGAUGGGUACAUCUCUUCUAGCUAUGCCAUGGGCUCUUCAACAAGCUGGAUUGGUUCUUGGUAUUUUCAUCAUGUUGGCAAUGGCUGGAAUUUGUUUCUACACAGCUUAUAUUGUAAUCGAGAGUCCCAAAAGAUUACAAGACUUAUCCGUCGAUCCACUUCUCGCAGAAUUCUCAGAUGUCUGCAAAUCUUUGUUCGGGCGCGUCGGAGAAUACUGUGCCGUUGUGUUCAGUGUCUGUGUGCUAAUCGGAGGAGUUAUUGUAUAUUGGGUUCUUAUGUCCAACUUUUUGUACUACACAGGAGCAGUUGUCUAUGAGGCUAUGCAGCCGAAUAGUACUACGAUUCCAGUGAUGGAAAACAAGACUUUCACUUGUGAUGUGUACUGCCCGGAACAAACUUCUCAAUGGACGAUUCCUCAGUGGGAAAAGCAAAUCUAUGAUGCUGUAUCCGAGUUUGAGGGUGGAGAGGCUGGAGAAGAUUCAUGGAGCUUCGAUAAGUUUUGGACACUUCGUGGUACUGUACCAAUAUAUUUGGCUGUCGCUUUGUUUCCUUUGAUGAAUUUCAAAUCUCCAACAUUCUUCACGAAGUUCAAUGUUCUUGGAACUAUUUCUGUCAUGUAUCUGCUGAUGUUCGUGUUUUCGAAGCUUCUAGAAUGUGGCGUGAAUAUGGAUUUCUCAAACCCAAAGUCUAUGCACUACGUCCAAUUGGCCAACAUGCAUUUCCCAGCUUUGAGUGGCACACUGACGUUGUCCUAUUUCAUCCACAACGCGGUUCUUACUAUUCUCCGUAAUCAGAAGCAUCCCGAAAACAAUGCGAGAGAUUUAUCUAUAGGAUACUGUUUGGUUGCCUUCUGCUACGUUUUUAUCGGUUUCACAUUUUUCGCUGCUUUCCCGGUUCAGAGAAGUUGUAUCAGUGAUAAUUUCCUCAAUAACUUUGGAGCUGGCGACGUUCUUUCAUCUACAGCGCGUCUCUUUUUGUUAUUCCAAAUGAUCACCGUAUUACCAUUGCUCAUGUUCCUGGUUCGCUCUCAACUCUUCUAUGCUAUUUUUGGUAACACAUGGCCUGGAGUAGUCAAAGUUAUAGUUCUUAAUCUAAUGCUAAUCGGAAUUGCUGUUGGGUUUGCUACAUUCUACCCAAAUGUCGGAAGCAUUCUGAGAUAUGUUGGAUCGAUUUCCGGGCUCGUCUACGUAUUCGCUUUGCCUUCUAUGGUUUAUUUGAAACAAAGCAACGCUGCGGGCACAUUAACACCGCUCAAAAAGUAUGCCCAUUAUGGAAUCGUUGCGGUUGGUGUUCUGAAUCUUAUUGCUCAAUUUGUCAUUUAG